UUUCUUUUCACUCUCUCUUCUGGAUGGCAUCUCAAGGUUGCUGUUGUUACUGCUGGGGGUCAUUUCAUAACAUUCAAGAAUUUUGCCCUGCACAUUGUACCUUCUUGGAAGCACCGCUCAUGGUACACUCCACUGCAGCCGGACUGAGGCAUUCCGGGAUGGCAGCUAGCUGAUGGAUGGCUGAGGAUGACCUUGACUGACAGACUGCGUGAGAAGAUAUCAAGGGCGUUCUACAGCCACGGCCUGCUCUGUGCUUCCUACCCCAUCCUCAUCAUUCUCUUCACGGGAGUCUCUGUCUUGGCCUGCUGCUAUCCAUUGCUGAAACUCCCGUUACCUGGCACUGGACCUGUGGAAUAUACAACCCCUGCAAAGGAUUACUUACAGCCUCCAGCCUACUCAGCACACCAGCAAGGAGAGCCAAACGAAAGGCCUGACUGGUACACUGGUGCUCCUGUGGCCUACAUCCAGCAGGUCCUGGUGAAAGCCACGGUCUCUCCCUGGCCGACAACAUUCCUGGCUGUAGAUGUGUUUCGGUCACCGCUUUCCCGGGUUUUCCAACUAGUGGAGGAAAUCAGAAAUCACGCCCUGCGAGACGGCUCCACUAUUAAAAGUUUGGAAGAAAUCUGUCUCCAGGUAACAGACCUCCUGCCCAAUUUAAAGAAGCUUCAAGGCCUGCUUCCUGAGCAUGGCUGCCUCCUGCUGUCCCCAGGGAACUUCUGGCAGAAUGACCAGGAGCACUUUAGGGCUGACCCCGAUAUCAUUAAAACCAUCCACCAGUAUGAACCAAAAACACUACAGACCUCGGCUACCCCGAAAGAUCUGCUUUUUGGAGUUCCAGGGAAGUACAGCGGGGUGAACCUGUACAACCGGAAGCGAGUGGUCACUUACACCAUCACCUUGGUUCUCCAACGUUAUGAUUCCAGGUUCCUCUCCAGCCUCCGCUCCCGCCUCAAGAUGCUGUACCCCAGCCCCAACUGCACCCUGCGGGAGGAGCAUAUCAUCCACGUCCAUUUCAAGGAGGAGAUUGGCAUUGCUGAGCUGAUCCCCCUCGUCACCACAUACAUCAUCCUCUUUGCUUACAUCUACUUCUCCACGCGCAAGAUUGACAUGGUGAAAUCCAAAUGGGGCCUGGCUUUGGCUGCAGUUGUGACGGUUCUUAGCUCUCUCCUCAUGUCUGUUGGUCUGUGCACUCUCUUUGGUCUAACCCCUACGCUCAAUGGAGGGGAGAUUUUCCCUUACCUAGUGGUUGUAAUUGGCCUAGAGAAUGUGUUGGUUCUCACCAAAUCUGUCGUUUCCACACCAGUCGACCUGGAAGUGAAGUUGCGGAUUGCGCAAGGCUUGAGCAAUGAGAGCUGGUCAAUUAUGAAGAACAUGGCCACAGAGCUGGGGAUUAUCCUAAUCGGUUACUUCACCCUUGUCCCAGCCAUUCAGGAGUUUUGCCUCUUUGCUGUGGUUGGCUUGGUGUCUGACUUCUUCCUCCAGAUGUUCUUUUUCACCACUGUCCUGUCCAUUGACAUUCGACGGAUGGAGCUUGCAGACCUGAACAAGCGGCUUCCGGCUGAGGCCUGUGUGGCCCCUGCCAAGCCAUUAAGCCGCUUCCAGCGAUAUGAGCGCCAGCCAGCCAUGCGACCCGCCACCAUGCACACCAUCACCCUUCAACCCUCCUCCCUCCGGAAUCUGCGCCUCCCCAAGCGCUUGCGGGUGAUCUACUUCUUUGCCAGGACCCGGCUGGCUCAGAGACUCAUCAUGACUGGGACAGUGGUCUGGAUUGGCAUCCUUUUUUACACAGAUCCUGCAGGCCUUCGCCCUUACCUGGCAUCUCAAGUCACCGAGCAAAGCACCUUGGGGGAGGCCGGGCUGCCCGCCAUGCCAGUGCCCAGAGAGGUCCUUCCCACUGGCGAUGCCAAACUGUCCCUCGCCAUCUUCCCUCCGGAUCCUGAGCAGCAGCAGCAACUGGCAGGGAAUCAAACAUUGGACUCCUUGAGCCAGCAAGAGGCAAGUCUCCAGGCUGAGGCAGAGGAGGAACAAAAAAGCCAGGGAAGCAGUGGUGGGCAUCCGGGCAUGGGCCCCAAGGCCGAAGUGACGUGGGGAUCAGAGGAUGAGGAGCUGUGGAGGAAGCUCUCCUUCCGGCACUGGCCCUCCCUCUUCAGCUACUACAACAUCACCCUGGCCAAACGCUACAUCAGCAUCCUACCUGUGAUCCCAGUAACACUCUACCUGAAUCCACAAGAGGCCUUAGAGGCACGCCAUCCUCACGAGGCAAAUCGCUACCAGACUUUUUUCUCACUAAGCAGUGGGAAAUCUGAGAAGGGAGACCCCCUUGCUGAAGGCAUGCCCAAAGUGCAAGGGCAUCAUCGAGAUGUCACGUUAUACAAGGUUGCUGCUUUGGGCCUGGCAUCUGGCAUCCUUUUAGUCCUGCUGCUUUUCUGCCUGUACAAAGUUCUGUGCCCCAAAAACUAUGGGCAAAAUGGACUCUCCCACAGCCGGAGGAGGAGAGGAGACCUGCCUUGUGAUGACUAUGGAUACUCUCCUCCAGAGACGGAGAUCAUUCCCUUGGUACUUAGGGGUCACCUGAUGGACAUCGAAUGCCUGGCUAGUGAUGGCAUGUUGCUUGUCAGCUGCUGCUUGGUGGGCCAGAUCCGUGUGUGGGACGCUCAGACUGGUGACUGCCUCACAGUCAUUCCAAAGCAAGGGUUGCGCCGAGACCACAGUGGCAUCUUUGAUUACCAGGACUGUUGGGAUCACAGCCCCGAAGGCAAAGGCUGCCUGGAUGACCCUUUUGAAGGCAGCCGCCCUUUCAAGAGGGCUCGGAGCCCCCCACAACCCCCUCUGUUCAUUGAUCAGCCAGACCUCACCUCCCUCAUUGAUACAAACUUCUUGGAGCAGGCUAAGGCAAUCAGCCCAGAGCCCCGCCACCGUGCCAUCUGCGGCCGGCAGAAGGAGGCGGGCUACGAUUUUUGCAGCUUGGUGGAGAAGGUCUACGAGGAGCAGAGCACCUCAAACUCUGUGAACUUUUUGGGCUUCUCUGCUCCACAUGGGCAGGUGGCCUUCAGCCAGGCCAGUGGAGGCAGGACCCCAGGCUGCAGGGGUGAGGAGGGAGACUGUGGGGCCCGCCGGAGCAGCCUGGGUGAAGAGUCCUGCGUGGGGAUGGAUAAGGCCCCGUCCCUCCCUUCUUGGGGAGGGGACUUUGAAAGCUCCAUCUGGAGCCUGGAGCUGCAGGGGAACCUCAUUGUGGCUGGCCGGAGCAACGGGAAGCUAGAGGUGUGGGAUGCCAUUGAGGGCACGCUGCGUUGCAGUAAUGAGGAAGGCCAGUCCGGCAUCACCUCUCUGGUCUUUCUGAACAGCAGGAUUGUUGCUGCACGUCUGAAUGGCUCCCUGGAUUUCUAUUCCUUAAGGACACACACCUCUGUGGAUCACUCCCAAUUCCGAGGAACACCAGGGAGGAACAGCCUUCCCCCGUCCCCCAUGUACAGCAGCAAUGAUGUUGUCACGUGCCAGCUGACCCACACCGUCAUCUGUGCCCACCAGAAGCCCAUCACGGCCCUGAAGGCUGCGGCAGGGCGGCUUGUCACGGGGAGCCAGGAUCAUACCCUCCGAGUGUAUCGCCUGGAAGAUUCCUGCUGCCUCUUCACUCUGCAGGGCCACUCGGGCGCCAUCACAGCCGUCUACAUUGACCAGACCAUGGUGCUAGCAAGCGGGGGCCAGGACGGUGCCAUCUGCCUGUGGGACGUGCUGACGGGGAGCCGGGUGAGCCAUAUGUAUGCCCACCGUGGUGACGUCACCUCCCUGACCUGCACUACCUCCUGCGUGAUCAGCAGCGGCUUGGACGAUGUCAUCAGCAUCUGGGACCGGAGUUCUGGCAUCAAGCACUAUUCCAUUCAGCAGGACAUGGGCUGCGGGGCCAGCCUGGGGGUGAUCUCUGACAACCUGCUGGUGACGGGCGGCCAGGGCUGCGUUUCCUUCUGGGACAUUGGCUACGGGGACCUGCUGCAAACAGUUUACCUGGGCAAGAGCAACGAAGCCCAGCCGGCCCGGCAGAUCCUGGUCUUGGAGAAUGCAGCCAUCGUCUGCAAUUUCGGCAGCGAACUCAGCCUGGUCUACGUGCCCUCUGUGCUCGAGAAGCGGGACUAAAGCAGGACUGGUGGCUAGAACAGCGGCAAGUGGGCCAAGGACUCCCCCUUCCCCUUGCUGAGUUGCUUUCCCCCCCUAAGUGGGCCAUACAGGGAUGCAGGCAGCCUGGCCUGGCAGGGCCACACAGGCUCCUUCCCAGCAGCUCUCCCCGUCUUUCAGCCAUUAGGGUCACAGAAAGAUUAGGGGCACAGACAAAGGAUUAUGGUUAAGGGGGAGGUCCAGCUUGUCGUGGUGGGAGGGAGAAAGUGCUGGGAGCAAGACCCUCCUUCUGUCUGGAGGCUGCUGUCCAUGCUGGUCAGAAGGGCCACCUUUUCUCCAGGGCACAAAAAGUGUGGGCAAGAGGAAAGGGGAGUGAGUCCACACUUGCCCCCUAAAUGGAAGCGCUGUUGGUAGACACCCACAAGAGCGCCUUGCCCACCUCUGGGAGAGGAAGGGCUGUUUUUGCUGGCUCAGUUGCUGCCAUGUUCAACACUUUCUUCUUCUCUAUCACCAGCCCUGCUUCCUGCUCUGCCCUCCUCUCCCCACUGGUCACAGCAGCCGCAGCCCCACACAGUGCUAAGCGAUAAACCUUGGGCUUGUGGGUGGGAUGCCCCGUGCCCUUGGAACAUGGCUGGGGUGAGAAAGAGGAGUGAGCUACACCGGUCACACACACCCUCCUCCAGAUGCUUUCCUGCUGCCUCCUUCUUGCCUGCCUUCCAAGGUGGGCAUAUCUGGCUACCUGCCGUAUUUAUUUAUGUCCUGUACAUAGUUAUUUAUUCUGGCAUAUAAGCUUGGAGAGAGAGAGGGAGAGAAGCUGUCGGCUGAGGGACAGGUCAGCAGGGCAUUCUGAAAACCUCACCUAAUGUUGGUUCAUCCAGGGCUCCGCAAGUCAUUGUUUCCUUCCUCCCACAGAACAAAAGCCCUGGGCAAAGUGUGUUGAAUCCCUUCGGCCUGGUGCCUUUCUUGGGCCCCACAGAUGGCUGCAGUUGCCUUUCAGUACUUGCUUGUCACUUGCUCUGACCCGUCAGCUUCUGCUGCUACCAGAGAGGAAGAGCAAGCAUGCUGGAGGUCCAAAAUGGUUGCCUUGGCCGUAUGGAACAUGGAAGUGCAGCAUGGCCCCUUCGUUCAGAGCCAUUGGCUCUACCUUCCAGUUCUGUUGAUGUGAGAUUUGGGAACCUCAGGCUAAUGAUCCACAACCAACUUAUUGUAAAACAAGAAAGUUUAUUGUAAGAUGCACAGCAGACGUACCCGCAAGCACGUCUUUGCAGAAUCUGAAGGCACAGGGACAGAUCCCCCCUUUAAAACCCCACCCAGGACUCCAUCACCACGGCAACCAGCCCCCUUACAGUUGAAGAACCGUUACCUUCUAUCCCACAUUCCAAACUCCUGAGCAGGGCCCCAUCCACAAGCCAAACCUCACCCUUCAUAUUCCACCUUACUUUCCCAGCCCCCAACACUAUGCAAUGUCUCAACACACAGAACUACCUAGAUCAAUAUAUAUAUUAAACAUACAACAAUGAUUAUAUAUGAGCUGAAUACAUGAAGUGAAUAUUAAAUAACUGGAUAUGUCUAAUAUUAUACUUGAUCUUCACUGGUUCUGACAGUUGAUGAGCCAGAGUCUGCCCAACACAUUUUUGUUUUGCACACCUUCAGCAAACAGAAAACUAUACACUGUCAUACUGUAGAGACGCUUGCAUGGCUAUGGAGUGCUUGCGGUGGAUGAUGUUGCUUCUUUCUUAGAGCUCCCUGGCUGUAGGGCAUUCGGGGGGAAGAAAGGAAAGGAAGAACCAGGAAAGAACAGAUGGACAAGUGGAGAGGCUUUGUGAAGUCGAAGACGUUCAUGGACAGCAUCCAUAGUUUUUUCUGGGUUUUUCAGGCUCUGUGGCCAUGUUCUAGAAGAGUUUAUUCCUGAUGUUUUGUCAGCAUCUGUGGCAUCUUCAGAGAAUGGAGAGGCUUUAUUUUUUAUAUCUAAAAUAAGCAGUUAAUUGACUAUUUAGUUUGUGUUUUGUUUUAAUUUAGGAUCUUUUACUGUAGGGAGCACUGAUGCUUUGGGAUGUAGCCUGCUGUAUUUUGUCUGCCCCAUUUCCCCAGCUGGGGAGCAGCUGCCUGGUUUUUUUUUGGGGGGGGGGAACUACUGUUGGAUGCUGGCCAGUGGAGGCUCACCUGGGCCUGGGAGCCCCUUCCCCUCCCGGCUCCUGCUGAUCCCCUUUGGCUUGUCGUCGGUGUCCACACCAUGCCUCAGGUGGCCUUAGCUCUGCUGUGCCCUUUUGGACUGUACAGCGGAAGCUGCUUUUAUACCAGAUUGUGUUUAAUAAUGUGUACAGGUACAGACACAUUAAACAGAACUAACUUAA